AUGUUGAAACGAGUUCGCAUCUAUACCGAGGAAGAUGUCGCGGCGCACAACACGUCGUCGAGCUGCUGGGUCAUUCGCGGCCAAAAGAUUUACGAUGUUACGUCGUUUUUGCCUGACCAUCCCGGAGGCGACGACCUAAUUCUGAAAUACGGCGGGACGGAGAUUACAGAGGUUAUGAAGGACGCCGACGAACACGAGCACUCCGAUUCCGCCUACGAGAUGAUGGCGGAAUAUGUGAUCGGUCGACUGGGAACGGGAGAGUUGACGGUUAGCGACGACUGGGAAGCCACGGACGAUUUCCAUCCAGAUGAUACCAACGAAGCAGAAGAUUAUGAAAAAAACCAGUUCUUGGACUUGCGCAAGCCCUUGCUUCGCCAAGUUUGGCAGGCCAACUUCAGUAAAUCAUAUUAUCUCAAGCAAGUUCAUCAGCCGCGACACCUCGCAGAGUCUGCGCGUUUGUUCGGCCCGGACGUUCUCGAAAGCUUUACCCGUACCGUCUGGUAUGUCGUACCUAUCUUCUGGCUCCCAAUUGCAGGCUACCUCUUCCUGCGGUCCCUUCUCCAAUUCACUGGACCAAUUGCCGACUUCUGGGUGGACCCUCGACUGCCGCUUCGCGCUCUGCUGCUGGUGUCUCCGCAAACCGUGACGAAAACCAUGAUCUGUUUCUUCCUUGGAAAUAUCAUAUGGACGAUCCUGGAAUACACCCUCCACCGCUUCCUAUUCCACAUCGAUGACUACCUGCCGGACAGCCCGCCUUUCCUCACGUUGCACUUCCUGUUGCACGGCGUUCACCACUAUCUUCCCAUGGACAGACUGCGGCUUGUCAUGCCUCCGACGCUGUUCGCUGCGUUGCAGUUCCCUUUCACGCAACUCGCGUACAAACUCUUCCCAGUUGCGGUGGCCAACGGCAUCAUUGCGGGAGCUUUCACUUUCUAUGUCUUGUACGAUUGCAUGCACUACGCACUACACCACACCAAAUUGCCCCAAUACAUGAAGGAGAUGAAGAAAUACCACCUUGCCCACCACUACAAGAAUUUCGAGCUUGGAUUUGGAGUAACCAGUAAAGUAUGGGAUUAUGUCUUCAACACUGUCCUCCCUGUAUAG